GUAACUUUCGAGCGAAACCCUCCGUAAAGCGGAAAGACGGGACGGAUUGGAAACCUUCGUCGUGUUCAAAGUUGACGCAAUUAUGGCGCGUAAGGAGGAACAAUGGUGCUACUUUGAUGGUGCAAACGGACGUCGAAGGUCGACGUGGAUCUCCCUGCUAUUAGUUGUCCUGUGCGCUCUCCUGGUCGGAUCCUUGGCGGUCGGCGAGCACGACAACUCUUACUACAGUUAUGCCGGAUGGAAUGGCAAGUCGUCAUUCGAUCAUUACAUUUCGAAUAUCAGACUGAUCGACGGUAAGAAUAUAGAGAGAGUACGUCGGGAGACGCCUGAAAAAUCGGUGAUGACGACUGAGAAAGAAAUAUCUAAGAAUCAACCACCAGCACAGCCGCAACCACAGCAGCAGCAGCAAUCACAGCAACAACAGGAGCAACCGAAGCAGCAGCAACCGCAGCAGCAACAGCAACCACAGCAGCAGCAGCAGCCGCAACAAGCGUCAGCAACACAACCGACGUCAAACACAACCAACGCAUCCGCCGACGUAACGUAUUCCACAGUUUAUUCGACCAGCGAAGCCACCACCAUCACCUCCACUGUUCGGCCACCCGAUAUUUCCAGCUCCAAGCCGGAUUCAAAGAAGAAGACGUCGCAGACAGUAAAUCCUGCAACUGAUACGGCGACACUACACAUAUGGACAAAUCGCACUCUGGCAAAUCGCAAUAUAACCGGUACCAGCAAGGAGCAGCAGCCGGAAUCAUCGGCGGUGAAGGACACAACAGAAGAGGUCAUGAAAUCCGACGACAGCGAUAUUUCCUUUAACAAAUUCUCCGAUGUGACUAACGCCACGCUUACACAGAACAACAUCACUAAAACGAUGUACGACUCGCAUCAGUAUUAUAACAGCACUUUUAUCGUCGAUACCGAUAUCUGCAAAAAAUACUGGGUCGACAUGGACAAUCAUCCGGAUCUUAGAGUCAAUCAUCUACUUAGCCAGAGUCAUCGACGAGCCGCGACCGUUAAGUUGAAGUUUGAUUUCCCAUUCUACGGCUAUAAUGUACGCAAUAUUACUAUCGCUACGGGAGGUUUUCUAUACACCGGUGACUACGUACACAGUUGGCUGGCCGCCACCCAGUACAUUGCACCGCUCAUGGCAAAUUUCGAUACCCGCCUGUCGAACGCCAGUUACGUCAAGUACGCUGACAAUGGUACGGCGUUUACGGUAGAAUGGGAGAAGGUUGUGCUACAGGACAGGCCAAAAGCCGGCGCGUUCACUUUCCAAGUGACCUUGCAUCAAAACGGAGACAUCGUGUUCGUCUACUCAGUGAUACCGGUCCUGGUUGAAAAAAUCGCGGACACAAUGCAUCCCGUCAAAGUAGGCCUCAGCGAUGCCUACAUCAUGGACCGAACUGUGUUCUUCGUACGCCGGAAAACCAUUUACGAGUAUCACCGUGUCAACUUCAAUCGGCAGGAUAUAAUGAACUGCACGGUCAUUUACUUGAAAGCAUUACCUACAUGCCUCAAUUCCGACAACUGCAUGGAUUGCCUGACAAAGGUACCUGACUUCGAUUGUAAGUGGUGCUCGGAGCUGAACAAAUGCAGCACCGGCACGUCCCGACAGCGGCAAGAGUGGUUGUCAAAGGGUUGCGACGUCCAUAAUAUCAAGGAGAUAAACAAUUGUCCAGCGCAAAUUACAACCUACAGGGGUGAUCAAUACGACCAUGAUGGCCACGUGCAUCCAGAAGAGUCGAUCGCCACCAAUGAGAUGGGCGUAAAAAAAGAAUGGUCUGGCAAUACUUUGGAAAGUCCUAAUUCGAACAAGGUGAAUAUGGGCGUUUCAGGGAUAAUCGGUAUUCUCACAGUUAUCGCUUUAGUGAUAGGUCUCGCAGGUUGGGGCGUAUACGCUUAUCGUAACCCUCACAGCGCAUCGGGACAAAUGCUAAUAAGGUAUCGUCCGAGCCAAUGGAGCUGGCGAAGAGGCGAAGCCCGUUACACAGCCGCGACUAUUCACAUGUGAUGAAGUGUCGAUGGAGAUCCAGUCACAGUCAAUGCGAAACUGUCGAGUAAAUUUCCUAUUAAUUGUAGUCGAACAUGUCGAGUAAAUCUGCAAAAUGCGAUGCAGAAUGUCUACUCACGAUGACCCGUUGCUCGUCAGGUUUGCACUCAAUCGCGUCAACACGAAAAAUCGCUUUUCUCAUGCAACGAAUUCCACGCGGAAUCGAUUAAUUGACAAGCGAUCAUAUAUUGAAAGAACAUAUCGUGGUAUUAAAAUGAUUUUAUUAUAUACGAAGAUUUAUCGUAUAUAUAUAUAUAUAAGUAUUUUAACGAUAUACGAAACAAAUUGCUUAUAAUUGACAAUAAUUAAAAUUAGCUUAGAAAAAAAUCUAUUCCGCUGGAAAUUGUAAAACUACUUUCUAUUUACUUAUGACGAAUUUACGAAUAAUCGCUAUCACGAUUCGACAUAAUUCGGUAUAACAACAAACAUGUACAUAUAAAUUCAUUCUUACAAAUGGAAAGACCGCUCCUUACGAUUGUAUCAAACAGAGAAGGUUUUUGGAGACAUUGUGAACCGUAUCGUUUGCGACACGUCUUCAAAACAAUGGUUAACAAUCGGUACAAUUUCGUUGAGCUUAUUUAGAUAUCAAACCCGUACAGAAUUAUUAGUCUUAUGUUUAUUCAUGAAUAGAUGGAAGUGUGACGUUCGAUACAAGAUCCUUUCUCGCAUACCAAUGACGUUGGAAAUCGUACUCGGCGAAAUGACACCGGUAUUAAACCAUGCUUUGAAACACGACCGAUGAUACAAAUUACGGACACGAAAACCGAUAUUCUAACGGAUUCCAACUCUUUGGAGAAUGCGGUUCUCCAGAUUCACGGUUUCUCGCAAUGUCGGAAGAAAAUGAUCGUAAUAUCGAGACACGACGACGACCGGCAACGCCGAGCAUUUAUGUGAUUCUUAGCAGCACGUGGUAUACCUUGUUAUUGUUUGAGAAUUCGUUUUCUUUUUUUUUAUCGUUAGACAAAUUGAAGUAAUUGUUUUAUAUAUACGUAAAUAUUCACGGUGAGAAGACAGCAACGUUUUAAAAAAGGAAAGAAAAGAAAGAGAAAGAAUAGAAAAUAAAUUGAAAAUUUCGAUCUAGCGUGAUGAAAUUUGAUGGACUUAUGCUACAGUUCGGUAGACUGUUCGAUCAGUUAACAAAGAAAGAAAAAGAGAGAAAGAGAG